AUGACUGUCACUUACUCCAGUAAAGUAGCAAAUGCGACUUUUUUUGGAUUUCAUAGGUUACUCCUCAAGUGGAGAGGCAGCAUCUACAAACUACUAUACAGGGAAUUUAUUGCUUUUGCUAUUCUUUACACAGCAAUAAGUUUGGUGUACAGAUUCUUACUUACAGGAGCCCAAAAACGUUACUUUGAAAAAUUAUCAAUUUACUGUGACAGAUAUGCUGAACAAAUUCCAGUAACCUUUGUGCUUGGGUUUUAUGUUACUUUGGUUGUGAACCGAUGGUGGAACCAGUUUGUGAAUCUGCCCUGGCCAGACAGGCUGAUGUUCCUCAUCUCCAGCAGUGUCCACGGGAGUGACGAGUACGGGCGCAUGCUCAGAAGGACACUGAUGCGCUACGUAAAUCUCACAUCCCUGCUCAUCUUCCGCUCAGUGAGCACAGCUGUAUACAAAAGGUUCCCAACAAUAGAUCAUGUGGUUGAAGCAGGGUUUAUGACAGCAGAUGAAAGAAAAUUAUUUGACCACCUCAAAUCUCCUCAUCUGAAAUACUGGGUUCCGUUCAUCUGGUUUGGAAAUCUCGCAAGUAAAGCCCGGAAUGAAGGUAGAAUCAGAGACAGUGUUGAUCUACAAUCACUGAUGACUGAAAUGAACCGAUACCGCUCUUGGUGCAGCCUCUUAUUUGGUUAUGACUGGGUUGGGAUUCCGCUGGUUUACACCCAGGUUGUUACUCUUGCUGUCUACACCUUCUUCUUUGCAUGUCUGAUUGGACGCCAGUUUUUGGAUCCCACCAGAGGCUACGCGGGGCAUGACUUAGAUCUUUAUGUUCCAGUCUUUACUCUCCUACAAUUCUUCUUCUAUGCAGGAUGGCUCAAGGUAGCUGAGCAGCUUAUCAAUCCUUUUGGAGAAGAUGAUGAUGAUUUUGAAACUAAUUGGUGCAUUGAUAGAAAUUUGCAGGUCUCUCUUUUAGCUGUGGAUGAAAUGCACAUGAGCUUACCCAAGCUGAAGAAGGACAUUUACUGGGACGAUUCUACUGCUCGACCACCAUACACACUGGCAGCUGCUGACUACUGCAUACCUUCAUUUCUGGGGUCAACAACCCAAAUGGGGUUGUCUGAGUCCGACUUCCCCAGUGAGGAAUGGUUGUGGGAUUACGAGAAGCAUGGCCAUCGACAUUCCAUGAUCAGAAGAGUCAAGAGGUUCCUGAGUGCCCACGAACACCCCCCAAGUCCCAGGAGGAGAAGCUUCGGGAGGCAGACCAGUGACAGCUCCAUGCUCUUCCCACCAAGCGACCUCAGCCCAACCAGGGAUCUGCUGGAUGUUCCCAGGAGAAACCCCCACAGGGCCUCACCCACCCGGAAGCAGCCCUUCUCCCUGGAAGGGAGCCCCAAGCUGCGUUCCAGCAUGGGAGAACUGUCUACAAUUCGAGAAAAUAGCCAGACAAGCACUUUACAGAGCCUGACUCCUCAGUCCAGUGUGAGGGCUUCACCUGUGAGGGCAUCCCCAACCAAAAUGCUACAGGUCCCUGAAGUACUGAUCACCACAGCUGAAGCACCAGUGCCCAAGUCAGAUGUCCACCACCAUGAUUCCACCGAUUCCCUCUUCAACUCUGAGUUUACUGGGGUUCAGCCAAGCAGUACUGAGCAGCAGGACGACCCUGUGGGUCCAACCCUAUCCCCCUUAGAGAAGGAUACACCUCCUAGGGGUCCCAGUCCCCAGACUAUUUCAGCCAAAGCUGAGGAAAAUAUAUUUAAAUGUGCUUUUGAGGAAGACCCUGGUGGUAAUGAUAGUUUCCUAAAAAGGUGGAGUCUUUCAGGGUUCCUGGUGUCCAGCCACACCUCCCUGACAGGCCUAAAUUCAGAUCCAGGUAGCCCCGAGCCCCCUCUUUUACUCAAUAUAGAAACAUCUUCAGAGAGCAGUGGAAUCAUUACAGCCAGAUCUCAAGUCUUUCCUGAUAUGCUGGACUUAGUGGGAAACCUGGACACCAAGGAAACUGAUAUCAUAGAGGUUAAUAACGAGCAAACUGAGGAAUCGCCCAAAGGAAAGCCAGAAAGUUCUAGGACCUCAUGCUAA